AUGGCUUCUCUUCGAUUGAUGUUAUUCUCCUUAUGUUUGAUGUGCCUCACUUGUCUUGCUACAUCAACAACACUGAAUCAAGAAACCGAAUUCGAAUGUGUCUCUCUGUACACACAAUCUGCAUUUCAACAUCCUCAAAUGAAGAAUCACCAAAUACAGACUAAACCAAGUCGAGAGCUUCUAUCAAUGCUCUCUACUUCCAAUGAUGACACAAUCACAAAGAUUGUCUCGGAGGGAUCAGAAGAAUGUCCUAAAGGACAAGUACCGAUUCACAAUCCAAAAACCAGCGUAAACAAUAAUUUUAUAUAUCCCCAACAAUUUACUAAAGAAGGCCGUCUCUUAAGACAAGAUCGUCGGGUUUAUAAGAGGAUCAAUAACAAACAACGUACAAAAACGAAAAACAUACAUAUAUAUUCUUCAACGUUGUCCCAGAAAUACAAAAAGCAUACGUCAAAAGGUUUUAGGGAGUACAAUCAACAUUAUGCAAUUAUCAAAACAUUUGAAAAUACGACAAAGAAAUGGCAUGGAGCGCAAGGUUUGUUCGAUAUUAACAAACCGCGAAUGGGGCAACAACAAUAUAGUAAAGCUUGGAUUUGGCUUAAUUACAUACAAGGGAACGUAAUGAGCAGCAUCCAGUUUGGUGUGGCUGUACAUACAAGACUAUAUGGAGAUGACCGUCCAAGACUAACGACGCUAUGGAUGGCAGAAAAACAACAAAACGGAUGUUACAAUGCGUUAUGCCCAGGAGGUUAUGUCCAAGUUCAUAAAUCAAUCUACCCUGGUAUGGUUUAUCAUAAAGUUAGCGUUCCAGGAGGAGAACACCACACUGUCCAUCUUUCUGUAGCCGAGGAUCCAGUGACCAAAAAUUGGGUAUUGACGACAGGAACCAAGAUGAUAGGCUAUUGGCCACGUGAAACUUACAUGGCAGAAGGAGCGUCUGAAGUUUACUUUGGUGGAUUUGCAGGAACUUCAAUGGCUCAAACCCUGAGCCCACCAAUGGGAACUGGAGAUUUUCCGACAAAAGACUUGACUCGGUCUUCUUUCAUAAAACAACUCAAAUAUGUUCUUCCGGACUAUACAGUGGUGGAUAUUAAUUCAAACGAGAUCGAGUAUUAUGCUAAUGAUCCUAAUUGUUAUAAUGUAAUGUUUCUUAAGUAUGUAGAUUUUGAUUCGAGAGAGACUCUUACAUUUGGAGGACCUGGUGGACAUUGUCGUUUAUGA